GAUUUUGAUACUGUGUAUCAAUUUGGACAAGAUUGUGAUGUAAUUACCAUAGAAAUUGAAAAAGUAAAUGUGGAUGCUUUAAAGAGAUUAAAAGAAGAAGGCAAAACCGUUCAUCCAAAUCCUGAUGCUUUAGCUAUUAUUCAGGAUAAGGGGUUGCAAAAAAUGUUUUACAAAUCCAAUAAUAUUCCAACUUCAGACUUUAUCAUUUUUGAAAAUAAAAAUGAAGUUUUAAAAGCUAUUGAAGAUAAAAAAAUAACGUUGCCAUUUGUUCAAAAAACCAGAAAAGAUGGUUAUGAUGGAAGAGGAGUUUGUGUAGUCAAUACUGAAAAAGAUUUAGUGAAUUUAUUAGAUGGUCCAUGUUUAGUUGAAGAUAAGGUCGAAAUAAAUAUAGAGUUAGCUAUUAUUGCAGCAAGAAAUAAACAAGGGCAAGUUGUUGUUUAUGAGCCAGUUUCUAUGGAGUUUCAUGAAGGAGCGAAUAUGUUGGAUUUAUUGUUAUAUCCUGCUCCAAUUGAUGAAAAUAUCACUGAAAAAGCACAACAAAUUGCAAAAGAUUUAAUUGCUAAAUUUGAUAUUUGUGGAUUAUUAGCUGUUGAGUUUUUGAUAGAUAAACAAAAUAAUAUUUUUGUGAAUGAAGUCGCACCAAGAGCGCACAACAGUGGUCAUCAAACAAUAGAAAGUUCUUAUACAUCACAAUAUCAACAACAUCUUAGAGCCAUUUUAAAUUUACCAUUAGGGAGUACUAAGACAAUAACUCCUUCUGCAAUGGUCAAUGUUUUAGGAGCAGAAGGUCAUACUGGAAAUGUCUAUUAUGAAGGAAUGACAGAGUGUUUAAACGAAGAAGGAGUUUUCAUUCAUAUUUAUGGAAAAAAAAUAACCAAGCCAUUUCGUAAAAUGGGCCAUGCAACAAUUGUGAAUCAUAAUUUAAACGAAGCAAAAAAUAAAGCAAUAUGGACAAAUACUGCAAGCAAAAAGCCAUUAGUAGCCAUUAUUAUGGGUAGUGACAGCGAUUGGAAUGUGAUGAAAGAUGCUGCACAAAUAUUAGAGCAACAUGGCAUUGACUAUGAAUGCACCAUUGUUUCAGCUCACAGAACGCCAAAGCGC